GUUGGAGUAAGCCGAGCAGGACCCCUGACACCAACAUUGGAACAUAUGCAAUCCAACUGAAAUGCAUAUCCUACCCUUCAUCACUAACCACGGCGAUGCCUGCAGUAUCCAGUUCAUCUUCUCGCGCCCUGAACGCGAUCCUACCACUCGUCGCGUCUGGGCAGCCCUACGAAGCGCACCAGAAAGCGCGCACCUUCGCUUCACGGUACAGCAAGUCUGGGCAGUACGACACUGCCAUCGACGUGCUCUUCCAGAGUGCGAGAGAACUUCUGAAAGUUGGCCAGCAGGGCAGUGGAACAGAUUUGACGUUGUUCCUUUUAGAAGUAUAUGAAAGCAAGGGCGAGGUCGUUGAUGAUGAGUCUCGAGGGAGACUAACGCAACUCAUCGCGCUGACUGGAUCGUCCGGGGCAUGGAGGAAAACGAUCAUUGACAGAUCCAUAUCAUGGUCAGCAAGACAUGGUGAUUGUCCCGCAGGUGACCAGGACUUGCACCACUAUAUCGGAGAGCUCCUAUAUAAGGAUGGGGCCUUCGAUGCGGCAGAGCCUCACUUCCUCGCGUCAGGCAAAAGGGAUAGCGCACGUUCAUUAGCGACCAUGAUGGUAGAAUGGUCCACAGCAGGCGGAGCUCCAGGGAUCUUUGCUCUUCGAGGCACACUUCCAUAUCUACAAAAUGGUAACAUCGUCGGAGCUCGCACCUUCAUUUCGCAUUUUAUUGCACAAGUGAUUUCAUCUCGACCGAAUCUGCUUUCGCCACUGCAGACAUCUCCAUUACCUGUCACCCCUACGAGUGAAAUCACACAUACGACUGAGCCUGUGCUCAACUUCUGUCAGCUUGCUGUCUUGACAUGUCAACGUGCGAAUGGGGAGAAGAAUAAAGUGAUGCGCGAGAGCUGGGUAAGGCUUUGCGGAACAUACCAAGCUAAAGGUGGUGUCUUAGCGACUAAGGAGGUUCGGGUGCCUGACAAUCCAUUGGGAGCUAUGAUCUCCUCUAUGCUGGGCGGUGGGAUGCCGGGAGGAGGGGCGCCUCCGCGGCGGAUGUUGUCUCCCGCUGUGAGCGGACCAUCUGCACCAGGGCUGGAUUAGUCUCCAUUCAAAAGCUUCUGAUUGGAUGUAGUUUGGGCGUCAGCGGGACGGGUAUGGGAUACCAAGGUAAUCGAAAGGGACGUGUUAUUGGUUAUCUUCGAGGUAUCAAAACACAAUAUUUGUCGUACAUACUUUACUUUACACACACAAUCACUCUUUGCUAUACGGGUUCUACACAUACCCUUCUUGUCCUCCGUUCCAACAGGUUUCUUUUAUUCUGGCAUCCCCAGAACGAACUCUCCUCAGUCUCUCAAUUUGAAGACGAGGUGAAUAUGAGUAUUUACCGAUACAUGAUAUCUUCGUUCUAACUACCUACAUAGUUCUCCUUUCGUUUCUAGUCGGAGCUCUCUCUCUUGAUUGAGACAAGGCCAGCGGAGGCCAUACUCAAUGUUCCUGACUUAUCGACGCAAGAGUGUCUGACCU